UUCAAUUUCAAAAUGUGUAUGAAAAGCAAAUACUCCUCCGCCACACAUUACCAGCAGCUGUUUAUGGAGUAGAAACAUAUCGGCAUCGCAACAAAAGUUGAAAGUAUUAAACUAAAUACUUCCAUUUGAUAGUUCAUGACAAGUAAAAUUCGCAGAACACUGUUAGGCGAUGAUAGGGUUAGCUUCGACGCUAUGUCCGAAGCCGCCAUUAUCAGUACUUUGCAGCACAAUUGAGAAGGAUUGCCAUUCUAAUGGCGGAAAUCACAAGAAGCGAACAUUUGGAAAUUUCGAUCAUUUUUUUGGAGUCGUCAAAAAGGAUUUGGAUUUCUUAAAGAAGGGUGUGAAGAAAAGUGUUGAUUGGGAAGAUCCUAAAAUUGUCAAGAAAGUUGAUGAUGUUGUUUGGUUUCGUCCUUUAGAAGAUCCUAAUUCGCCUCCUUUUCAGCCUCCCUCAUGGCCUAAACCUUCUUAUCCAGCACUCUCAGGGAUGGAUUUGUUAAGUGCUGAUCUUCAGGCCAUGGCUACAUAUAUUAGUUACUUUUAUUGUAUGUCAAAGAUCUGGUCAACACCGUUACCUGAGGUCUAUGAUGCAGAACUUGUCUCCAACUACUUCAAAUGCAGGCCUCAUAUCAUUGCCUUUAGACUUCUAGAGAUUUUUGUUGCAUUCUCUUCUGCUGUGGUAAAAAUUCGUGCUUCGAAGAUCAAAAGGCUCAUCAAGUCAAGGACGGAUGAUGACAAACUUACUAACCUGUCACAGUCUGAUUUUGGAAGGGUUCUUAAAGAAACAAUGCUUAAUCUGGGUCCCACGUUUAUCAAAGUAGGACAGUCUCUCUCAACAAGGCCAGAUAUAAUUGGCUAUGAAAUAUCCCAGGCCUUAUCUGAGCUACAUGAUCAAAUUCCUCCUUUCCCUACAGCUAUUGCCAUGAAGAUUAUUGAGGAUGAAUUUGAUGCUCCUGUGGCAAGCCUUUUCAGUUAUAUAUCUGAUGAACCUGUUGGUGCAGCAUCUUUUGGUCAGGUUUACCGAGGAACUACAUUUGAAGGUUGUUCUGUUGCCGUCAAAGUACAGCGGCCAAAUUUACAUCAUGUAGUUGCUCGAGAUAUAUACAUUCUUCGUCUUGGGCUUGGUGUUUUACGAAAGAUUGCGAAGAGAAAAAAUGAUAUUCGCUUGUAUGCUGAUGAACUUGGAAAAGGCUUCAUGGGAGAGUUAGACUACAGAUUGGAAGCUGCAAAUGCAUCUCGAUUCUCGGAGGCUCAUUCAUCCUUCCCAUUUAUCCGUGUUCCAAAAAUUUUUCAGCAGCUGACUAGAAAAAAAGUUCUGACUAUGGAAUGGAUGUUUGGUGAAAAUCCAAAUGACUUGGUGCUAGCUUCAGCACAAACUAAAGAUAAUCUUUCUGCCUAUUCUGAGGAGCAGACUAUUGAAGCAAAGAAACGUCUCCUAGACCUGGUAAGCAAAGGAGUUGAAGCAUCACUUGUUCAACUUCUCGAAACAGGGUUCCUACAUGCUGAUCCACACCCUGGGAAUCUUCGUUACAUGACUACAGGGCAGAUCGGGUUUCUUGAUUUUGGUCUCAUGUGUCAAAUGGAAAGGAAACAUCAGCUGGCAAUGCUUGCUGCUAUUAUACAUAUUGUAAAUGGGGAUUGGGCAUCUCUAGUCCAGGCUCUAUCCGAAAUGGAUGUCAUUACAUCUGGGACUAAUACCCGCCUUCUGACCAUGGAAUUGGAAAAUGCCUUAGGAGAGGUAGAAUUUAAAGAUGGCAUACCUGAUGUCAAGUUUAGUAAGGUCCUUAGCAAAAUCUUGUCUGUGACUCUCAAAUAUCAAUUUCGAAUGCCCCCAUACUUUACACUUUUGCUGCGUUCUCUAGCUUCAUUGGAAGGUUUAGCAAUUGCUGCCGAUAAGAACUUCAAAACUUUUGAAGCUGCUUACCCUUAUGUAGUGCGUAAACUUCUAACUGAUAAUUCUGAUGCUUCUAGGAGAAUUCUGCAUUCUGUGAUUUUAAAUAAAAAGCGGGAAUUCCAAUGGCAGAAACUUGCGCUUUUCUUGAGAGUCGGUGCAUCCAGCAGGAAAGGCAUUCUGGCUGGAUUUUCAACUGAAAUUUUGGAGUCUCCUAAGGAUGAACAGUCGAGAUCCGUAAGUGGCUCUAAUGGUAUCUUUGAUGUCUCUAGCUUCGUCUUGAAGCUGUUACCUUCCAAUGAAGGCACUGUACUUAGAAGGCUGUUGAUGACUGCUGAUGGUACUUCAUUGCUGAGAGCAUAUCUUUCAAAAGAAGCUGGCACUGUCCGCCAACAGCUUACUAGAGCAAUCGCAGAGGUAUUGUAUCAGUGGAUGGCUAGGGUUAUUUCAAAGGAUCCUCGUGUCCUAACAUCGUCUCAGUCAUAUACGACCAACAGCAACUAUCAGUUACUCCUGACAGACCGCCGACUCAAAGUGGUGUUCAGAAAGGUACUUAAUGAUGCAAGACGAGACUGGUUGUUGAUGCUGCGCUUUUGCUGGACAUCCUUCAUCAUGUCUAUCACAGCUUCAGCUAUGGCAUGCCACCGGUUAAUUAUUUGUCUCUCAGAAGCCAACACGAGUCGUAUUUCAUUUCCUCCCAUCAAAGUUAUUGCCAGCACCUAGUAUACAUCAGCAGAUUGGCUAUCAUGAACCAGAGACUGAUGCCAAGGUGAAUACAAUUAGCAGAACCAAUGAUUUCAAUCAUCACUUGGAAUACUUUCUUGGUUUAUUCCAAUUGAAGCUCUCAAGUGAAAUCAACAAUGUGUUCUUUCCGCCAGCUUACCUUCUAUGUAAUUGGCACUAGCGACUAGUGAGCGAGUAAUGCAAUAUUUGAAGAGUAAACUCUUGGUUUAAAUUUGUAUAGUUUGUUUAGCUUUAUUUUCUGUUAAUUAUGCUCGAAAAUAUACAAUUAAUAUAUUGUUUUUAGUAGGAA